ACGGGGACGAUACACACACUGAGUGGGGGAGGACACACACACACACACACAGAGGAGCAACAGCAGCAGGAACAUGGCGGCGCCGCUCAGCGCUCGUGCUCUUCCCCCGAGUCCAAGGUCAGAGCCAGAGCUCGCGCGCAGGAUUUAAACGGAAACUAACGGCUGCAGCUCGAGCGUCUUAGAUAUUGAAGCUGACGAUGCUUAUAAACUCCCACCGGAAUGGCUUGAGUGUGUGUGUGGACUAAAACUGAGUUGCUGAUAUGUAUUAAAAUGAGUGGCAUAGGGGAAAACUCAUCCGACCCUGGUAGGGUCGAGUCUCAGAAACGCAAAGACUGCUCAUCAGAGCUCCUGGGGCCCAGCCCUAAGCGAAUCACAGAGAAACGAAACCGCGAGCAGGAGAAUAAAUACAUUGAGGAACUCGCCGAGCUGAUUUUCGCCAACAUCAACGACAUCGAUAACUUCAAUGUCAAGCCUGACAAAUGUGCAAUCCUGAAAGAAACUGUGAAACAGAUCCGUCAAAUAAAAGAGCAAGAGAAAGCGACUGUGUGCAGUGAGGACGAGGUGCAGAAGGCCGACGUCUCGUCCACAGGCCAAAGUGUUAUUGACAAAGAUGCCCUCGGACCAAUGAUGCUGGAGGCCUUGGAUGGCUUCUUCUUUGUAGUGAACAUGGAGGGGAACAUUGUGUUUGUGUCAGAAAAUGUGUCGCAGUACCUGCGCUACAACCAGGAGGAGCUUAUGAACACAAGUGUUUACAGCAUUUUACAUGUCGGAGACCACGCAGAGUUUAUUAAGAACCUGCUGCCUAAAUCACUCGUGAAUGGCGUGGCAUGGUCGAGCGAGGGCUCCAGGAGGAACAGUCACUCGUUUACAUGCCGCAUGCUGGUGAACCCGGAGGAGGCGCAGGAGCAGGAGGCACAGAAAUACGAAACCAUGCAGUGUUUCACUGUGUCGGAACCCAAAUCCAUUAAAGAGGAGGGAGAGGAUCUGCAGUCGUGUCUGAUCUGUGUAGCGAGGAGAGUACCUAUGAAGGAGCGACCGAUGCUCCCCACACACGAGAGCUUCACUACACGGCAAGAUCUCCAAGGAAAGAUCACGUCAUUAGACACCACUAUGUUACGAGCCUCUAUGAAGCCCGGAUGGGAAGACUUAGUAAGGAGAUGCAUCCAACGCUUUCACCUGCAGAACGAAGGAGAUAGUUCUUACGCCAAACGUCACCAGCAAGAAGUAUUAAGACAUGGCCAAGCGUUCAGCCCCACCUAUCGCUUCUCCCUUUCCGAUGGCACCAUCGUUUCGGCUUACACCAAAAGCAAACUCGUCCGCUCUCCAGCCACCAACGAGCCACAGCUUUACAUGUCGCUGCACGUCCUCCAGAGAGAGCCAACCGUAUGUGGCAUGCCACCUGACCUGGCCAAACCCAUGACCCCACUGACCACAAUGACUUCCCCGAAUCCAAUGAGCGGGAAUGCUCAGGGUCAGGAGGGCAUCAUUAGCAGCAACACACCAGCCUUCUCGUCCCCAGGAACUCAUAAAGAUUUCCGUUUUGGCUGCCCAGGCAACCCUCAGGGCACUGGAUACCCGCUAAAAAUGAGCAGCCCAUCACAUCGUCCCAGUCUUGGGGUAACCAGCGCCCCACGUUUACCCCCAUCCCAGUUUAACCCCACCAAUUCCCUCCAUUCGCCCGCAGGUAUGUGCCCGGGCAACAGUGGUACUCAAGUGUUCACUAGCAGUUCUCUGAAUGCCCUUCAAGCUCUUAGCGAGUGCCAAUCCAUAAGCCUGAGCCAGUCUCUGGGGUCACCUGAUUCCAAAAAAUUAGAAUCACCAGCCUCAGUUUCUCAAGCUUUGCCCAAGCUAGAGCCAUUUGGGGAAUCUGAGCAAAGCGACGGGCAUGAAAACGACAGCAGCGGGCAAAGGGACGAGAAAGGCAACCUGGGUCAGUUCAACAGCUCAGAUGAAAGUAAGAUCCACGAAAGCAAAGGGCACACAAAGCUCCUCCAGCUUCUCACCACUAAAAACGAAAACAUGGACUCGUCCUCCUCGCCAUCGCCUGCGCCAGAAAAAGAACUUAUGACCGGGCAUCAGCCUGGUACAUCAGGAACGAGCGCUACGUCCUUAAAGGAGAAGCACAAGAUCCUGCACCGGCUCUUGCAGAACAGCACGUCGCCGGUGGACUUGGCAAAGAUCACGGCCGAGGCGACGGGGAAAGACGCCAGCCACGACGGAACCAACGUUUCCGACAUCGGCAAACAGGAGGCGGCGAGUCCGAAAAAAAAGGACAACGCGCUGUUGCGGUACCUGUUGGACAAUGACGAGAACACGAUUAAGGACAAGGGGAUAAAGAUGGAGCCGGGAGAGAUUAAGGUGGAGGGGAAUAGCAUGGUCACUGUAAAGAAGGAGAAACCGGAUGGAGGAUAUGAACAGGCAGAGCAGUCCAGCGAGCUGGACGAUAUCCUGGACGACCUGCAGAACAGUCAGCCGAAUUUCUUCUCCGACGCUCGUCCCAUGUCUCUGCCAGCUGCCGUCGAUAAGCAGGCGAUCAUCAACGACAUUCUGCAGAUCACAGGAGAGAGCGGUGUACAGCCGCGAGCAGUACAGAAUUUCAGUGGCCCGAGGCCUCUAGGCCGGGUUCCUCCCAUGCGAAGCGUGUCUCUGGACAUGAACGCCUCGACUAAAGGGUCGCCGGGUCAGUAUCCCAUCAUGAGGAACACCACUCCAUAUUCACUCAUUCAGCAGCAACAGCAGCAGCAAGGCAUGAUGGGAAACCAGGGCAUCUUGACCAACCAGGCCAACAUGGCAGAUGUUUGGGCAUCUCAGGGCGUGAGCAGUUCCUCCCCUCAAGGGGCGCUGCAGGGACGCAUGGUGCAGAAUGCCAACAUGCCGAUCAGACCCAGCAGCCAACCAGGAGCCAGGCCAAUGCUGCCGAAUCAGAUGAUGCCCGGCGCCCAGUCUUUGGAAGUGGACAUGGGUCUGGCAGGCCCUACGUUUCCACAGCAGCAGGCUCCGCCCAAUCAGACCGCUCCGCCCAAUCAGACAGCUCCGUGGCCUGACAGUAUGAUGCCCAUUGAGCAGGUGGCAUUUGGAGAUCCUAACAGGUCCUUGUAUGGUGCACCACAGGAAGAUGUGCUGUGUGCAGCUGAAGGACCUGCUGAUGAAGGUGCUUUACUUAAUCAGCUCUACACUGCCCUCAAAGACUUUGAUGGUCUGGAGGAGAUUGAUCGAGCUCUGGGCAUUCCAGCACUCGUGGGACAGGCUCCAUCAUUAGAAGCUGAAAUGUUCCCAGGUCAGGAUCAAAGCCUGUUAAUGGACCAGAAGCCUAUUUACACUCAACAGCAGUACCCUGCGCCACUGUCCCAUAACACACCAGGAGGCUUCGCUCCUAUGCAGGACGCUGGUUACCAUGGCAUUGGCCUAGUUGGAGGGCAAAGGCCAGGAUUUCCCAUGAUCCGCAUGCAGCCCAGACCAGGUCUCCGGCCACCGGGGAGCGUCCCAAAUCAACCUAACGCGCUCAGGCUGCAGCUGCAGCACAGACUACAAGCACAGCAGAAUCGCCAGCCUAUGAUGAAUCAGAUGACUGGAGUGUCAAACAUGAACCUACCUCUAAGACCCAAUGUUCCGAAUCAGGGGACCAUUAACGCUCAGAUGCUUGCACAGCGUCAGAGGGAGCUGCUUAGUAAUCAUCUGCGUCAGAAGCAGCGCAGCAUGAGCAUGCGACCUCAGGGCCUCAACGUGCCACCAAAUAUGGCUGCCAGCACUAUGGGCGGCACCCAGAUCGCCCAUGCCAACCCUACACACUUCCCCUACACGCCCAACUAUGGAAUAACUCAGCAGCCUGACUCCGGGUUCGGUGGUGCAGCGACCCCUCAGAGCCCCCUCGUUUCCCCUAGAAUGGGUCACCCCCAAAGCCCCAUGAUGCAACAGGGUAAUGCCACAUUUCAGUCGUCUCCGGAGAUGAACGGCUGGACGCAGGGCAACAUAAAUGCCAACAGCAUGUACACUCAGCAGGCCAGCGGCAGUGUGUAUAACAGUAACGGCAUGAGCAUGAAUGUGCCCAUGACUCCCAACACCAACAGCAUGAGCAGCAUGGGCCAGAUGGGCACAGAGCAGCCGAAGUAUUGUUGACCACGAGUGGAUGAAGCGUGAUUUCCACCAGCACGGGCCAAGCAACCCUUCAGAGGUUCCCUACACGUCCCCAGAACCCUACAACUUUACUGCCCCCUGCUGGAGGGAGAUCACUCUCACUUUUACAUAUACACACACACACACACACACACACAGUGUGAUAUUUUGGACCUUGAAUGUCACCGAUUCAAAUUUAUGGAUCCCACACACACACACACACACACACACACACACACAUGAGGCAACGUCAAUUUGUUGUAUAUCUAUAAAACCGCAUUCACCGUAGUGUGACUUAGCGUGACUCUCCUAUAAACGGUGGCAUCAGGAUCCUGUGAAUGUAUACUUUCUCUCUAUCUCUCUAUCCCUCUUUCUCUCUCUCACUUUCUCUCUCUCAGUGAACCUAAUCCACACACUCUCUUACAGAAUAAGAAAUAUAAUUCUGUCCCAGUAGUCCCACACAGACACCACAGCUGUACUCAACAUUUAAGCCGGUUUCCCUUUGUUUCUUUCUUUUUUUCUUUCUUUCUUUUUUGCCUUCUUCAUCUUUCUUUUGUCUUCUUCUCUUGAGUGAGAAUGAUGUUAAAGAUUGAACCUCUGCACAGAUCUAGAUGGUUUGCGGGCAGCGAGACGAUUUAUGAAAUCGCAUAUUAUUUUGUCCGUUGUGUGUCGAAGGAACAGUUCAGCCAGGAAUGAAGUGUACACAGUUUCCCCUUUUUAACACCUGAACGUUGUCCAUCAGCCAAGAUGUGUUUUUGCGUUUGAGGUUCACAAAACGAAUGUAGCGGAGAGCAAAGACAAGUUUAUCUCAGUGGAAAAUAUAUCGCAUAAACACAGAUUUCUAAGGGUAUUUUUUAAAUAAACGAUUUUGUGUCAAAUUUCUAUCAAGCAGAUAACAUUAACCGAACAUGAAGUAUUCCACAGGUUUUAAGAGUGUUGUGCUGUAGAAUUUAUAUAAAAAAAAAGAAAAAAGAAAAUUUACUGCAAUCUAUAAUAGUUAUUUUGUCCAAAUGUUUUAUUCUGUUUAAAUAAAGUAUUCGCAAAGUGUUUGUGUUGCAGCAACACUGUAGGAAUGUUAAAGAAUGUUACAUUUAAAAAAUAAUAAAUGAAAAAAACUUGUUAAACUUGAUUGUUUUCUUUUGCAUUAAUAAAAAAAAUCGGAUAGUUUAAAGCAAAUAUUAUAUUUAGAGAACAGAUUUGAGGUGAUGAGUGAGAUGGACAGUGUGCAACUAAACAAGCAAAUGUAGGAGAUGAAACAUAUCUUGGCUGAUCUUGACUGGAUUUGAGGUAGUGGCGACUUUAUGUACAUUUAAUAUAUAUAUAUAUAUAUUUUUGCGAUACAGUUCCUUUCAAUUUAAUUCUAUUCUCAUGUAUAGUGUUUUUUUUUUUUCUUUUUAAUGUAGAUAUCUGUAAUGAGCUAGCGAUGAGAAGAAAUCCCGGAGUGAUGCAAUGAACCUCGCAUUUGCUUCUUCAGCCGUAUCGCUUAAUAUUUAUAAUUAAGAGUUUUUGGAUUUUGGUCCAGUAGUUUCAGAUAGAGCAAAUUAUAGAUUUUUUUCCCUUUUUUUGUGAUUAGCAAAUAGAUUGUACAUACCGAUAAUAAAAUAUAUAUAUAAAUAUAUAUAUAUAUUAUAUAUUUAUUUUGGAUUUUCAGCUCUUCCGUUUUCCCCUUCAGCCUGGUCUUAACUGCUUCUUGAAUGUUUUUAUGUGUGAUUUUUUUUCUUCUUCUUCUUUUUUUUUUUUUUUAUAAAAAGCUUAGGGCUGGGCGAUAUGGGCAAGACAUCAUAUCAUAACAUUUACACUUUUGCAAUGUAUGACAAAUUGUGGUUUGCUAAUAAAAUUCCUGUGAAAAAACAGUACUGCUUAAAAAGGAAAUAAUUAAAUAUAAAAGGUAUUAAAUUCUAAAUCUCGCCCCUAAACAAGAUUUAACCUAAAAUUUUUAUUAUUAUUAUUAUUUGACAACUCAAAUCCAGGAUCGAGAAAAGAAAAAAAAGACAUCCACUCACUGACAUGAGCAACAUUUCAGUCAGUGUCAUGAAAGCAUUACUGCUGAUCACGUUGUUGUAUCGCCUGGCCCUACUUAUGGUACUGAAGCAGAUGAAGCGGGUUGUUUUAGACAGUGUGUGUCUGCGUGUGUGUGUGUGUGUGUGUGUGUGUGUCUGUGUGAGCUCGCCGUGUGUACGGUGUACAGCUAAUUGCUUUGCUUCUCAGCCUUUUCAAAUUAAAAACCCGACACAGCCAUAAACUCAGCACUGACGUGUUGCUUUUGUCUGUCGUGUUCCAAAAAGACGAGCAAUAACUUGGUAAAUGUUGCUUUGUUCGAUUUUGUAAUUUUGUACAACAAAAAAAAGAACUUUGCGCUCCCAGUUUUUUGACCCAGUAUUAAGGAUGGAUGUUUUUUUAUUGUGGUUUAUACAGUAUAUUUGGGGGGAAAAUUCUACUAACACUUAAAUCUGUAUGUUCCUCAGUGAUAAGCCGGUGUUUGUGGGGCAGCGCUGGACUUCAGAGGGGGCUAUUCUGCAGAUCAUUGAGGGCCUUAUAUGGAAAUAUGAGUAGUUCUGAGUGGGUGUGUCUUAAAGCCAUGGAUGCAAAUAUGGGUAAUUUGUUUUUGGUCAUAUUUGGAAAUAGGAGCAGCUCUGGGCUGGUGUGAUUUAAAGCUGUUUGAUGGUAACUUCCAUAUAUGAAAGUCAGUUCAGAGGAAACGUCUUUGACAUUCAUAAAUGCAUGUGUAUUUAUAUAUAAUCUAAGUUAAUCUGACUGGAUUUCUCACUGGCUUUGCAGGUAAUAUUGUUACAUGUGUAGAACAGGGCUGCCAACUUUUCAAAAAAUCUUUGAUUCUGAAAAUGAAGGUAUCUGACAUCUCCACUGCACAUGCCCAGCAAUUUUGUCUAACACUAACUAUACACUUUAUCCUGCAUGGCUCAGGUUCUGCUUAUUUUAACAUUGCAUUGUUAAGAUAAAACAACAGAUGUAACUGACUGUUUAUUCCAGUUCCAAACUGACAUAUGAAAUAUUUACCCAAAAAAAUAAACAUAAUCAAGGGCCUUCUUUACUUACUAGCCAAAUCACCUACAUCAGCAGCCCCAUGUAGGG